AUGGAAUGGCAUGAUCCUGAAGAAUCCGGAUGCAACCUCCAAUUGAUGACAUCAUGCCGUGAUACUCCACCAUUACGUACAAUCUCAAAAGAUAGUUGCCUUGGUCAAAUCAUAGGAAGUCUUCCAUUGUCCAGUUGUCAUGCAAACUAUGUCUCCCAUUCCGGAGUUUUUGUUCGACAGCUGACAGAUAACGUUUGGGUGACUUCGUCAUCUGAAUCGCUACAUUGUCUAAAAAUUCCAAAAAUCGAAUAUCGAACUAGUAAUCACCAAACUCUGAACAUAAGUCAGCAAAUAAUCCUUCCACCGAUAGCUCUUGUAAACGUAACUCCAGGUUACACAAUUUUAUGCCCUCGAUUCACUUUGGUAGGCCGUCCAAGAACUUAUAAUGUCUCUUCGCUCAUAAUCCUAAACAAUAGGGAGCUAUUCUCUACUAAUAUGUCUAUCGUGGAUGUCUCUCGACACCUCACCGAGAAUACUACAUGGUUUAAGACAAAUUGGACUGAGCAAAGAAUGCAUGAGAUCAUACACGAUCUACAACAACCAAUAACAGUUCCUACCACUCAUCAAUUUCCUACCACUCGUCAAUUUCCUCCCAUUCACAAAUGGUCUCUUAACAUGCUAGUAACUAAAUUGACAUUUUUCGGACUGGCCGCCAGUUUAAUAUACUUGGCUUUUCGACGUUGUCGAACAACUAACCAACAAACUCUUCGAAUAAUUUAA